GUCGGAAGUCAAACGGAAACUGAAGCCCUCCUUGAGUUGAAGAGGCAGCUCGAGGACCCUCUGAAUGUUCUCGAUUCCUGGAAAGAGACCGCUGACCGGUCGCCCUGCAACUUCUUCGGAGUUGCUUGUGAUGGGAUUAGCGGAAAAGUGAUUGGAAUUUCUCUUGAUAACAAGUCCCUUUCGGGGGAGAUUUCGCCCGCCAUUGGUGUUCUUAACAGCCUAGAGACGCUUUCACUGCCUUCCAACAACAUUACAGGAAAGCUUCCUGCCCAAGUCACUCUUUGCGCAAAUCUUAAAACUAUAAAUCUCACCGGCAACAAAAUGGUCGGAGCAAUCCCCGAUCUUUCUGCCCUCGGAAAAUUGGAGAUUCUUGAUCUUUCUACAAACUUCUUCUCUGGCGCAUUCCCAUCCUGGGUGGGGAAUCUGACUGGGUUGGUUUCUCUCGUGCUUGGGGAAAAUGAGUUUGAUGAAGGUGAAAUUCCUGAGGGGCUUGAAAACUUGACCAACGUAACUUGGCUCCAUCUGGGGUUUACCCAGUUGAGAGGAGAGAUUCCGGAAUCUGUUUACGAAAUGAAGGCAUUGGAGACGUUGGAUAUGUCGAGAAACAAGCUCUCUGGGAAGCUCUCGGAGUCCAUUUCCCAUCUACAAAAUCUCAAUAAGAUUGAACUUUUUCAAAACAAUUUGACUGGAGAAAUCCCACCAGGGCUUGCUAGUCUCACCCUCCUAAGGGAAUUUGAUAUCUCAUCAAACAAGUUUUAUGGGAAGUUGCCUUCGGAGAUGGGAAAUCUCAAGAACUUGAAGGUUUUUCAGUUAUUUGGGAACAAUUUCUCCGGGGAAUUCCCUGCUGGGUUCGGCGAUAUGAAACACCUUGGAUCAGUCUCAAUCUACGGAAACAGAUUUUCUGGGGAAUUUCCAACCAAUUUUGGUAGAUUCUCACCUUUGGAAAGCAUUGACAUAUCGGAGAAUCGGUUUUCAGGUGGUUUCCCAAGGUUUCUUUGUGAAAACGGCAGGUUAAAUUUCUUGCUUGCUUUGAACAACAAUUUUUCUGGGGAGUUUCCAGAUUCUUAUGUUCGUUGUAAAUCUCUACAGCGGCUGAGAGUCAAUCAGAACCGUUUGUCUGGGAAGAUUCCAGCCGAGUUUUGGUCACUUCCCUACGCGACAAUGAUUGAUUUUAGUGAUAACAACUUCAGCGGAGAAUUAUCCCCCAGCAUUGGGUUUUCUACCAGCUUGAAUCAGUUGAUAUUGCAGAACAAUGGUUUCUCAGGUUAUCUUCCACCGCAACUUGGGGAACUAUCGAACUUGGAGAAGCUCUAUCUGAGCAGUAAUAACUUUUCUGGUGAAAUUCCUUCUGAAAUGGGUGCUCUAAAGCAGCUGUCAUCUUUGCAUCUCGAAUUGAAUUCUUUGACAGGAUCAAUACCAUCAGAAUUGGGAAACUGUGUUAAGUUGGUGGACGUGAAUCUUGCUUCGAAUUCUCUAACUGGUAAUAUCCCUCGUACAUUAUCACUAAUGAGCUCUUUGAACUCUCUAAAUCUCUCGAAAAACCACCUCAUGGGUUUGAUUCCUGAAGCUUUGGCGAAACUGAAGCUAAGUUCUAUAGAUUUUUCUGGGAAUCAUUUAUCUGGAAGAGUACCAUCUGAUCUUCUGACCAUGGGAGGAGACAAAGCCUUUGCCGGAAACAAGGGACUCUGCAUCGAUCAAUAUUCCAGAACUCGCACAAAUUCUGGGAUGAACAUGUGUACUGAAAAGCCGAAUAAAAAAAGGGUGCUUGAAAGUAAACUGGUUUUGUUCUUUAUUAUAGCAUCGGCGUUGGUUGUUGCUUUUGCUGGAUUACUGCUUGUCAGUUAUAAGAAUUUCAAGCUUGGGAAGGCGGUUGACAGAGAAAAUAAAUUGGAAGCGGGGAAGGAGAUAGAUCCGAAAUGGAAACUUGAAUCUUUCCACCAGUUGGAAAUAGAUGCAGAUGAGAUAUGCGAUUUGGAAGAAGAAAAUUUGAUUGGAAGUGGCAGUACAGGGAAAGUUUACCGCAUAGAUUUGAAGAGUCGUGGCACGGUAGCUGUCAAACAACUUUGGAAAGAAGAUGGCAUGAAGCCUUUGAUUGCAGAGAUGGACAUUUUGGGGAAGAUUAGGCAUAAAAAUAUACUGAAGCUAUACGCUUGUUUAGUGAAGGGCGGAUCUAGUGUUCUCGUGUUUGAGUACAUGGCAAAUGGUAAUUUGUUUGAAGCGCUUCACAGAGAGAUUAAAUGCGGGAAGCCCGAAUUGGAUUGGUGCCAGAGGUAUAAGAUUGCUUUGGGAGCAGCUCGGGGGAUUGCUUAUCUGCACCAUGAUUGUUCACCAGCUAUAAUUCACAGAGAUAUUAAAUCCACCAACAUUCUGCUCGACGACGAUUAUGAGGCAAAAGUUGCUGAUUUUGGGGUCGCAAAGAUUGCAGAAAAUUCUCAGAAGGGUUCUGAUUACAGCUCAUUCGCAGGCACACAUGGCUAUAUUGCUCCCGAGCUGGCAUAUACUGCUAAAGUGAACGAAAAGUGCGAUGUGUAUAGCUUCGGUGUUGUGCUGCUAGAGCUAGUAACUGGUAGGAGACCAAUUGAAGAGGAUUACGGGGAAGGAAAAGAUAUUGUUUACUGGGUUUCAACGCAUCUGAGUGACCGUGAAGCGGUUGUUAAGAUUCUCGAUGAAAAAGUGGCAGAUGAAAGUGUCCAGGAUGACAUGAUCAAGGUCCUAAAGGUUGCUGUUCUUUGUACUACGAAGCUACCAUCGUUGCGCCCGACAAUGCGGGAGGUGAUAAAGAUGCUUGCGGAUGCUGAUCCUUGCAGUUUCCGGUCCGGGAACAACACAGGUAACGACAAAAAAGUCAAGGAUUUCUCACCCAGUACCGAUGAGUUGCAGUUUUAGCAGUUGCUACGUAAUUUCAAGGUUCAAAAGUUUGAUGCAAGUGUGAAUUUUUUCUUCGAUAAUGCUUGUAAUGUGAGUAAGUAAAGAAUUUAAUAUCAUUUAUAUGAUUACUAAAUGUACCAUAAAGUUUAAAAGUGUUGUUCCUUGCA